GUCCGCCUACAAAUUGAACUUAGGCAGGAAAUUCCAGACGAUCAGUCUCAUGAGCUGAUCAGGCAUUGCUGGGAGUAUAUAAAAUGUGUCUUUGCUACUGGGGUAGUGGAAAAGGAUCAACGUCCACUGAAGAGACCAGCCAGCCAGCCAGCCAGCCAACCAGCCAGCCCUGCCCAGCCAGCAACAUGAGUUGCAGCCCCGAAAGGAUGUCUUCCUAUCGCCGCCACUUUGAGGAUUGCAGCAGCAGCAGCAGUGCCUCAUACCAUGUGCGGGUGUCCAGUCCAUCUCCACCUCGCCGCCAAGCUCGCCAUCGAUCUGCUAGUUACAGCCGCACCACUGCCCAUGUGACAGUGAGUGGGGCAGGAACCGGCAGGAGGACCACCUCGGCAGUGCGUGGACCCCGCAUUACCAGCUUGGGAACAAUCUGCCUGGGAGGAGGAGUAGGGCCGGCGCUGGAUCUGGAUGCAGCUUCUGCGACAAAUCAAGAAUUCCUCAGCAUUCGAACCAGUGAGAGGAAGGAGAUGAUAAUCCUGAACGACAGGCUGGCAGCUUACAUCGAGAAAGUUCGUAAUCUUGAACAGGACAAUAAAGUCUUAGAGGCAGAGAUUGAGGCUCUGAAGAGUCGCAUUUUGCAACCACGAAGCUUGAGACAUCUGUACGAAGAGCAACUCCAAGAUCUCCGCCGGAUAGCUGAACAGAUGAAAGUCCAACGGGAUCUGUCGGUUGCUGAAAGGGAGGCUAUGAUUGCGCAACUGGAGGCUAUAAAGAUAAAGUAUAAAGAAACUGUUGCAGCUCGCAAGAAGGCAGAAGAAGAUAUCGAAGCUUUCCGUCCUGAUGUUGAUGCAGCCACAGCCUCUCGGAUGGACCUUGAAAAGCAGCUGGAGGCUCUCGAGGUGGAGUUGGAAUUCCUGCAGAGAGUGCACAAAGAGGAAAUUGAGGAUUUGAUGAAACAGAUCUACAGUGCUUCUGUCACUGUGGAGAUAUCCUACAGCAUCCCAGACCUGGGCACUGCACUCAAAGAUAUUCAGCUGCAUUAUGAAGGCAUCUCAGCCAAGAAUCUACAGGAAAUGGAUGAUUGGUACAAAACAAAAUUUGUGGAUCUGAAUCAAACGUCAACCAAACACAUAGAAAAUAUUCGAAGGACAAGAGAACAAAUUGGAAACUGUAAAAGGAAUCUCCAGAGCAGCCAGAUGGAACUGGAUGCACUGAAAGCCCGUAAUGCAGCACUGGAGGCUCAGAUUAAAGAGAGAGCUGAGAAAUACAAAACUGAGAUUGAAGAAUAUCAGAAAAAAAUAGUGAGUUUGCAAGACGAACUGAAAAAUACAAAGGAAAGGAUAACUCUGCACUUAAGUGAAUAUCAAGACCUACUCAAUAUUAAGAUGGCGCUGGAGGUUGAAAUUGCCACAUACAGGAAUCUGAUUGAAGGAGAGAAUUCCCGCCUGUCAACAACGUUGGGCGGAUUCUGCGUGAUGAGUAGCAUGUUGGGGCAUGGUAACCUCAGUGCCAUUGACAGUGUUUCCAAAGAACAGGCUGUGGAAAUGACAGAAAGGAAAACUGUACUCAUCAGAACAGUUAAAACAGACAAAGACAAACUGCAAAAAGAUACAGAAGAGAGAACCAUAACAAUUUCUGGAGCUGCAGAUUGGAGUGAUGAAGACUAGGAAUUUGGGAAACAACGCUGAUUUUCAAGCAAAUAAAAAAAAUGCUGGAAACCCUUAGGUUAUAAUGCUUCAAGUGCUCUAACAAAUAUACAGUUAACAUAUAAAGCAUAGAGAGGAUAAAAUUUCACCUGGAUCUAGAUUUACUCUCUUUUUUCUUAGCAUUUCAGUGA